AUGAGUCUUUUUGGUAAUAAAGCCGGUAAGCGUUUAAAACUUCAGCACCAAGAAAAGAAGACUUCUCUUCACUGCUGUGUACCGCUGUGUACCAAUUCAUCGAGGUAUAACUCAAUCCUGAGUUUCCAUCGUUUCCCUGUGGAUGAAGAGGUGAAGUCUGUGUGGACAGCAAAGAUUCGACGGGAGGACUUCUCCCCAACUGACGGUACUCGAGUGUGCAGUGUUCAUUUUUUACCUGGGGAUUUUGUGGGACCGCGACGUUUGAAGAAGGGCGCAGUACCAUGUCUGUUCGCCUGGAACAAAUUUUCUAUUCCGACACCCAGGCUCAAUGUCUGGCAACGUCACCCGAGACCUCCGACCCCAGAGUUACUGCCGGCGGACACGUCUGAAGAAGAGGACAGCGUUCAGCCUAUGGAAGUCACCGUUACCGACCACGACUACUGUGUCACUCCCAACACCUCCGUGGUAGUUUAUGAGCUGACCAGGGAAAACGAGAAACUCAGGGAGAAGAUUGAGCAGCUCCAACACCAGCUGGAGUCUCUGCAGCUGCGGUCAACUUUUGGACUCCAACGCAUCGCCGGAUCCGACGAGGAUAUUCGCUUUUAUACAAGAUUUGCAUCGUACAAAUCUUUCCUGGCCUUUUGGAAACAAGUGGAGCCAGCUGCAAACACAAAAUUUGUCAGAAUCUCCUCAGCCAAUGCUGCCUCUGCCAAUGCUGCCUCAGGUAUCCCACACCGAGCUACAAAACUGCUACUUGUCGAUGAAUUGCUGCUAUUUCUGAUGUAUCUUUCUGUGGGCCUGCCUCUGAGGGAUCUGGCCAAUCGUUUCUCAAUUCACCGGACCACCGUCAGCAGGAUUAUCACAUCAUGGACUCACUUUCUGUAUCACCUGCUGGGCUCCAUUCGCCUGUGGAUACCACCAGAGGAUGUCAAAGCACACCUCCCACCAGAAUUUGCUGCAUUUCCUGACACACAAGUGAUCCUGGACUGCACAGAGAUAUGUUGCCAGACCCCCUCCUCUCUCCUUCUGCAUAGCGAGGUUUAUUCUUCAUAUAAAUCUCAUACUACCUUCAAAGCUAUGAUUGGCAUCGCUCCCCAUGGUCCCAUCACCUUUGUUUCCCCACUGUAUGCAGGCUCAAUGAGCGACAGGGAAAUCUUCAAAUUGUCUGGUAUAACCAAAUGCCUCACACCAGAAAUGGCCAUUAUGGUGGACAAAGGCUUUCUAGUGGACAACCUUGUCGCUGGAAAGGUUUAUCGACCUGCCUUCCUGGUAAAGAACACCCAGAUGGCCAAAGAGGAUGUCCAGCGCACUCAGUCCAUUGCCCGCCUCAGAGUCCACGUUGAGAGGUGCAUCAGGAGGGUCAAGGAGAACAAACAGUUUGAAAAGGUCAUACCUCUGUCCAUCUCUGGGUCUAUUGACCAGCUGUUUUCAGUUGCUUGCCUCUUGGUAAAUUACCAGUAUGGGCCCCUUGUCAAGGCAUGGGCAACCCAACAGUGA